GGGUCCUGGCAGCGCUCGCCGAGACACCAACCACGGCCACAUUCCCUGAGCGUCCAGCAUGAACCGCAAGAAGCUGCAGAAGUUAACGGACACCUUAACUAAAAAUUGCAAACAUUUUAAUACAUAUGAAGUGAACUGCCUAGUCAACCUCUUUUAUACCUUGGUGGGAGAUGUAGCGGAGCGGCCUGGUGUAGUUGUUGGGCUGGAUCGGAAUGCAUUUAGGAACAUCUUGCAUAUGACAUUUGGAAUGACCGAUGACAUGAUUAUGGAUAGAGUGUUCCGCGGUUUUGAUAAAGAUAAUGACGGCUGUAUUAACGUAGCAGAGUGGAUUAAUGGAUUAUCAGUGUUUCUUCGAGGGUCUUUGGAAGAAAAAAUGAAAUAUUGCUUUGAAGUGUUUGAUUUGAAUGGUGAUGGAUUCAUUUCAAAGGAGGAGAUGUUUCACAUGUUGAAGAACAGCCUGCUCAAACAGCCAUCCGAAGAAGAUCCUGAUGAGGGGAUUAAAGAUUUGGUUGAAAUAACACUUAAGAAAAUGGACUAUGAUCACGAUGGGAAGCUGUCUUUUACAGACUAUGAAGAAGCUGUGAGAGAAGAGAUUCUUCUGCUGGAAGCUUUUGGGCCAUGUUUACCUGAUCCAAAGAGACAAAUGGAAUUUGAAACCCAAGUAUUCAAAGAUACACAUGAAUUCAAUUAUGGCAUAUGAGCAUCUAAAUGUCUGUGUUGUCUCGAGAGUAAAAGAGGCACCGGCAUAUUGUUUAUUUUUUCUACAUAGCUGAGAAUAAUGGUGAAUUGUGCAUUUGGCUGGGCUGGAAAAGGAGGACUCACACAUUCCAUUUAAUUUUGGUGUAAGGGGCAAGUCCAAUAGAUGGAAGAUAAGAAGGUUUUAGUUAGAUGAUAGUUACUUUCCACAGAAUAUCUUUGUAGGCAUGUGGCUGUCCUAAAACAUCUAGAUUAAUGACUGGAAAUUAGAUAAUCACAUGGAUUAUUCGUAUGAAUAUUCCUCAUGUCCGAAUAGCUCUGCGUAUAGAUUUAAGAAUUAUUGAAACUACUAAAUUCCCCUGUGUAGGCAAUGGGAUAGAUGUCAGCUCACCUCUGUGAACAAUGUCCUCUAUCGCCAUGAGACCUCAGAAGGGGAUGGUGCCUGCAUGCCAUUCCUGAAUAUUUAAAUCAACACCCUAUCUUUAGAAGAAUUCCAUACAGCAGGAAACACGAGGAAGAGAUUUUCAGAUCCUCAUGGAAUCCAGUUUUUAUGGAGCCCUUGAAGAUGACGUACCCCUAAAAUUGAUUAUUCCCUGAAGCAAUCAUUCAACCUUGGACAGAACCAUAUUGUUGUGAAACACUAUUGAAUCUGCCCUGAUUCACAGUGACCCCAUAUACAAAAGAAGCAAACACUUCUUGAUCCUGCGGUCUUCCCACUGUCGUUCCAUGCGGGAGCCCAUUGUUGCAGUCAGUGUGUCGACCCAUGUCUUCGGAGCUCUUCCUCUUUUACAUUGACUCUCUGUUUUGCCAACCAUGCUGCCCUUCUUCAAGGACUGGUCUGUCUUGGUAAUCUGUGAAAGGUAUUUAGUACAGAGCCUCCCCCUCCUCACUUACAAGGACCGUUCUGCCUGUGGGUCUUCCAAGACAGGUGUGUUCCUUUGUCUGGCACUCCAUUCAGUCCUUUUCCCCGGCACUGAAUUCCAAAGGCGUUCAUUGAACUUGGGCUUGCUGUCUUCACUGUUCAUUUUCCUAGUGCAUGGAGGUGACGGCACACAUCAUGGCUUGAGUCAGGAGCAGCUCAGUCCUCAAAGUGACAUCCUUCCUUUUGAAUACUUUCCAAGAGGGCUUUUGCGGCACAUUUACCCAACACAGUAUAUUGUUUGAUUUCUUGACUGCUACUUUCGUGAUUGUGUAUCCAAGUAAAGUCCUUGACAACGUCAAUAUUUUCUCAUUAUCAUGUUGAUUCAUUUGAAGACUUUUUGUUUUCUGUACGUUGAAGUGUAAUCCAGAUAAGGGCAAGUUCUUAAAGUCCUCUUUACUUUCCACAAAGAAGGCUGUGUCAUCUGCCUAUCACAGGUGGUUAAUGAGUCUCCCUUCAGUUCUGAUGCCACACCCUCCAGAUAGUCUAACCCCAAAGUCGGCUCUGUCGGCACGCACACAAGGCUCUGAAUAAAAUGGAGAAAUUUUAAAGAAUAUCAUUUGGAUAGUGGUGGUAUCCAAAAAAAAUUUUUUUUGUAAAAAUAUAUUUAUGACUCGAGUGAUUUUAAAUGGUGGUGAGGAACAGGAUCAGCGCUUCAGUCUCAAAAGUGUGCCGACCCCUCGCUACCUCACAGGUUCUGUUCAGCAAAAAGAUUGAAUAAGUAUUGUGAAAGGGUACAACCCUAACGCAAGCAUACCUUGCCUUAUUUUAAAUCAUGCAGUUAUCUCCUUGUUUUGUUUAAAUGACUGCCUUUUGUAUGUUCAAAUUCUACACGUGCUGGAUUUCCCAUUCUUCACAAUGUUAUCCAUAUUUUUUUAUGACUCAUGCAAUCAAAUGACUUUGCCUAACCAACAAGACACAAGUAAACAUCUCUUUGAUAUUCCCUCUAGCCAAUACCCCUGGACAUCAGUAAUGAUAUCCCUUAUUCUAUGACCUCUUCUGAAUCUGGCUUAAAUUUCUGGCAGCUCCCUGUAGAUGUAUGGCUGCAAUCUCAUUGUUGAACUAUCUUCAGCAAAAUUUUACUUGCAUGUAGUAAUAAUGAUAUUA